AGGGACAUCCAGUGAGGACAUGGGAACAGAGAAUACAACACUGCUGACACAGUUUGUUCUCACAGGUCUCACUCAUCUGCCACAGUGGAAAAUUCCCCUGUUCCUGCUGUUCUUGGUGAUCUAUCUUAUCACUAUUGUGGGUAACCUUGGUCUGAUCACCCUCAUCUGGAAUGACCCUGGCCUUCACAUCCCCAUGUACCUGUUUCUAGGGAAUUUAGCAUUUGUGGAUACUUGGCUAUCAUCCACAGUUACACCAAAGAUGCUCCAAGACUUUUUUGCCCAGAGUAAACUCAUCUCUCUUUCGGGAUGCAUGAUACAGUUUUUUUCAUUUGCAGUCAGUGCAACCACAGAAUGUUUUCUUUUGGCAGCAAUGGCCUAUGACCGCUAUGUAGCCAUAUGCAAACCUUUAUUCUAUCCAGUAAUUAUGACAAAUAAACUCUGUAUAUGUCUGUUAAUAUUGUCCUUUGUAGGUGGAUUUAUUCAUGCUUUAAUUCAUGAAGGUUUUUUACUCAGACUAACAUUCUGUAGUUCUAACAAAAUACAUCACUUUUACUGUGACGUUAUGCCACUGUUAAAGAUUUCUUGUACUGACCCUUCUCUCAAUUACCUAAUGCUUUUUAUUUUCUCUGGCUCAAUUCAGGUAUUCACUAUUACAACUAUUCUCGUCUCUUAUACACUUGUUCUGUUUUCUAUCUUAAAUCAGAAAUCUAUCAAAGGCAUAAAGAAAGCUUUCUCCACCUGUGGAGCCCACCUCUUAUCUGUGUCUUUAUACUAUGGCUCUCUUCUUUUCAUGUAUGUGCGUCCUGCAUCUCCACAAGUAGAUGACAAUGAUAUGAUGGACUCUGUAUUUUACACUGUCAUAAUUCCUGUACUGAAUCCAAUUAUCUACAGUUUGAGAAAUAAGCAAGUAAAAAAUUCAUUGGAAAAAUUUUUAAAGAGAAAUGCAUAGAUCUCAUAUUAUUAUCUGCUGUAUUCUUAAUAAAUAUCACAAUACU